AUGGGCGGGAGAAAGGGCAAAGCACCCCAGUGCCUGGAGGGACCCAAGAAGCUGGCCGCAGGGGAGCAGAAGCCGGGGUCAGCCAGUGCAGAAGGCUUGCCCAGCGGGGAACCCCAACAAGGCCGCAGAAAGGCCCGGGGAGCAAGACCGGAAACGGAGCCCGUCACCAUGGGAGGCCAGGGGACCCUAGGUGGCCGCAGGAAGCCCAAGGGAGAGAGGAACAGCGGUAGCAGACGGCCAGCGGCUGGGCCUCCACCCGCCCAGGGAAGACAAGGAAGCACGCGGCGUGGGGGAUGUGAGCCUAAUAGCCGCGAGCCUGGGGACAGCCGUGCGGGGCGCCAGAAGGAAGACAGUCUCCCUGGAGGAGAAGGGAAGACAGGCAAGCGCAGCCGCCUCAAGAGGAGAGGAAAAGGGCAGGGACCCUCGGCUCCGACCCUCGAUGGGGACACGUCGGGCGGAGACCUGGGCAGCUCCUGCCCGGACAGCGAAGCCCACGAGGCCCAGGAGAGCGGCAGCCAGAGCGGCGGGGAUCCGGAGCUGUGGCCCAAUUGGGAGCAAAAGGACACGGGAUCGGGAGGCACCCGGACUGGGUCGGAGUCAGCUCUGGAGCCAGGCGAGCUCCCGAGCAGCGAUGGCCAGAGCAGAGACGAGCCCUCCGCAGGUCCCCGGAGCCUGGAAGGGUCGUCAGAGACAGGGACCCAGGGAGCGACCGAGGAUUCCGGGGCAGACACGGACUCGGGUCCGGAGGAGCCCGGGCCUGGACGGGGCCCACGGGCGGCCCCAGGAUUGGCGAGCACGGACAAGGAAGCCCAAGAGGCUAAGCUGGACAGAAAAGCCACAGCCUCUGGCCCCCUCGAGGGCAACCGCACGUGCGUCCCCCAGAGCUCGCGGGCUGCUCAGGACCCCAAGCCGACCCAGGACACGAGUGACAAGGAGGUGCAGCGGGAGGCGGGGCCGGGGGGCGCCGAGACAGGGCUGGGAGGGCGGCCGAGGGCUCCCCCUGGCUGCAGCUCGAGCUCCUCGCAGGCUGCGAAGAUCCCAGCCCGCAACGACCCUUCUGAGGACGAGGACCCCACUCCGGAUCCCAAGUUCGCGGUCGUGUUCCCCAGGAUCCACAGGGUGGGGAGGGUGGCGAGCAGCCGGAGCUCAGAGGAGGCGUCUGCUGAUGCCCCCGCCGGGGAGAACUGCGUUUGGCCUUAUGCAGGGGCCUCAAGGGACAGUGAAGGUCUUGGGGCAAGUGGAGAAGGGGGGGCCCAGCCUCGCCGCAGCUCUCUCCUGACCCCGAAUCCCCCUGACGGGCCCCCACUCGACGAGAGCAGAUGUAGCAGCGAAGCGGAGCCGGAGACAUUGGAAGCCGAGGCUCCAGUUCACUGGGCGCAGGGCUCGGACACCCGUGAGGACCCUGAGCUUGGCACCCACAUACUGCUGCCCCAACUCGCCUUGGAGAGGAGCCAGAGCCCCUGCGGGUCCCAGAGGGAGCGGUGGGAGCCAGAGGAUGAGGCCGAGGCGGCGCUGGAGAGGGACCUGGAGCUGAGCCUUGGGCCAGGCCUGGAGGUGCCGUCCUUCCCCGGUGCCGCGGGCAGGAGCCUCGGGGACGUCCUGGAAGACACCGAGGACCUGGCCAGGCUGCGACUGGUGUGUGACAGCUCCAUGCUGCUGUGCCUCAAGAAGAGGUUUCACCUGGGCCGAAUCUACACCUUUGGGGGGCCCCUCCUGCUCGCUCUAAACCCCUACCAGGACCUGCCUCUCUUCUCACCUGAGGUCAUGGCCAGCUACUACCCUAGGAAGGCCCCCAACACGACCCCACACAUCUUUGCCAUCGUGGCAUCAGCCUAUAGCCUGUCUCAGAGCACUGGCCAGGGCAUAUGCAUUCUCCUCAGGUGAGCGACCCUACCAGCCCCUCCCUCCUGCAGUGGGCACAGUGGCUCAGGGAAGACAGAAGCUGCCAAAAAGAUGGUGCCGUUCUUACACAGCCUGGCACAGGAGCAGACCAGGGACAGAGGAUGUCAGCUGGAUGAUGUCCUGCCCCUGCUCGGCAGCUUCGGCCACGCCAAGACAAUCCUCAAUGCCAACGCCAGCCGCUUCGGCCAGGUCUCAUGCCUCUACCUGCAGCACGGGGUCAUCGUGGGAGCUUCUGUGUCACAUUAUCUCCUUGAGACCUCGAGGGUGGUAUUUCAGGGCCGGGCCUGCAGGCUCCCAGGCAAGGAGGAUGCCCAGGACUUUGCGAGACUGGUGAAGGCCCUACAGGCACUGGGCUUGUGCCCCGAGGAGUUGACCGCAGUCUGGGCCUUGCUAGCCACCACCCUGCACCUGGGCAACAUCUGCUUCUCCUCAUCGGAGAGGGAGUCCCAGGAGGUGGCUGCCGUGUCCGGCUGGGCCGAGAUCCACAAGGCGGCAUGGCUGCUGCGGGUGCCACCUGAGCGCCUGGAGGGGGCUGUCACCAGAAGGGUCAUGGAGACGCCCUAUGGCCGGGCCUCGAGAUCCCUCCCUGUGGAAGGCGCCAUUGAUGCCAGGGACGCCCUGGCCAAGGCCCUGUACUCCCGGCUCUUCACCUGGCUGCUGAUGAGAACCAACACUCGGCUGGCACCACCUGGGGAGGGAGGCAGCAUGGACACCGUCACUUUUGUGGAUGUCUACGGCUUUGAGGCACUGAGGGUGAAUGGCCUGGAGCAACUGUGCAACAACCUUGCCAGCGAGCGCCUGCAGCUCCUCUCCAUCCAGAUGCUGCUCGCCCAGGAGGAGGAGGAGUGUCGGCGGGAAUCGCUGCCCUGGGUGCCUAUCCCCCAGCCUCCGAGGGAUUCCUGCCUGGGCCUUCUGGUAGACCAGCCCCACAGCCUCCUGAGUAUUUUGGAUGCCCAGACGUGGCUGUCCCAGGCCACAGACCACACCUUCCUCCAGAAGUGCCACUAUCACCAUGGCGAUCACCCGUGCUACACCAAGCCCCAGCUGCCCCUUGCUAUCUUCACCGUGCAACAUUACGCGGGGACAGUCACCUACCAGGUUCACAAGUUUUUAAACAGAAAUCGUGACCACCUGGACCCUGCCGUGGUGGAAAUGCUUGCUCAGAGCCAGCUCCAGCUGGUGGGCAGCCUAUUCCGAGAAGCAGAGCCCGAGGCUGGGGGCGGGAGAGACAAACCCACAUUGGCCUCUCGCUUCCAGAAGUCCCUGGGGGACCUCCUAGCCAGGCUGGGCAGGAGCCAUGUCUACUUCAUCCACUGCCUCAACCCCAACCCCGGAAAGCUUCCGGGCCUCUUUGAUGUGGGACACGUGGCAGAGCAGCUGCGCCAGGCAGGCAUCCUGGAGGCCGUAUGUACCCGCAGUGCCAACUUCCCAGUGCGUGUCCCCUUCCAGGCCUUCCUGGCCAGGUUUAGGACCCUGGGGACAGAGGGGCAGGGAGAGCUCUCUGACAGGGAGAGGUGUGGCGCCAUCCUGAGCCAGGUGCUGGGGGCUGAGUCUCCCCUCUGUCACCUUGGAGCUACCCAGAUCCUGCUACAGGAGCCAGGCUGGCAGCAGCUGGAGCAGCACCGGGCCCAGCACCGUUCCCAGGCGCUGCUCACCCUGCACCGCGGCCUCCUCACCUGCAUCUCCCGCCAGCGCCUCCGCCUCCUGCCACGGAUUCAGGCCCGUGUGCGGGGGCUCCAGGCCAGGAAGCGAUACCUCCAGCGGCGGGCGGCCCUGGGACAGCUGAACACCAUUCUGCUGGUGACCCGGCCCCUUCUCUGGCGGCGGCGGAAACUGCAGCUUGGGCAUUGGCGUGGCUGGCACGGCAGCGGGGCCUCCAAGAACACGUCAAGCAUGGAGCUGGGGCGUCUGGAGAUCCCCGCCGAGCUGGCCGUCAUGCUGAGGACAGCAGAAGGCCGUCAGCACACCCUGGUCCAGAGGAUCACAGAGGCCUUGCCCCCGGAAGUUCCUGCCCAGACCAGCCUGACCCUCCCGCCUGAUAUUGACCAGUUCCCCUUCUCCAGCUUCAUGUCUACCGGCUUCCAGGAGCCAUCCUUGCCCAGUCCUGGGCAGCUGCUGGCCAAGCCCCUGACCCGGCUGGAUGGUGAGAACCCUCAGCUUGCCCUGGAUGUCAACAAGGUGAUGCUGCGGCUCCUGGGAGACGGGUCCCUGCUGGCCUGGCAGGAGCAGACCAUGGGCACGUACCUGGCGAAGCAGGGCCAGCGCCAGCCAGGGCUGCGGGAUGAGCUCUUCAGCCAGCUGGUGGCCCAGCUCUGGCGCAACCCAGAUGAGCAGCAGAGCCAGCGCGGCUGGGCCCUCAUGGCCGUCCUGCUUAGCGCCUUCCCCCCUCUCCCCACCCUGCAGAAGCCACUGCUCAAAUUUGUGUCCGACCAGGCCCCCACAGGCAUGGCCGCACUGUGCCAGCACAAGCUGCUGGGGGCUCUAGAGCAGACACAGCUGGCCCCUGAGGUCAUACGGGCCCAGCCGCCCACCCAGCUGGAGUGGACAGCCGGAUGGCGGCGGGGCCGAAUGGCACUGGACGUCUUCACUUUCAAUGAGGAACGCUUCUCCGCCGAGGUAGAGUCCUGGACCACGGGGGAACAAUUUGCAGGGUGGAUUCUGUGGAGCAGAGGCCUGGAGGGGCCCCCCCGUGGCUGGUCUGUGUCACUGCACUCCAGGGACUCCUGGCAGGACUUGGCUGGCUGCGACUUCGUGCUGGACCUGAUCGGCCAGACCGAGGACCUGGGGGACCCAGCUGGUCCCCACAGCUACCCCAUUGCUCCGCAAAGCUUAGCUGAGGAUAUCCCCCCUGCCCCUGGCGUCCAGGCCCCCUCGCUGCCCCCAGGUCCCCCUCCAGGUCCAGCCCCGCCACUGCCCGGCAGGAGCCACACAGGUGAGUCCCGGACCUCAGGGAACCUGGAUGGCUUCCUGGACCACCUCUUCAAGCCGGUCCUCUCCCCAGGCCUCAGCGAUCUAGAGCAAGUCUGGGCUCUGAAGAGCCGAAUGAAGGGAGGGGGCGCCAUCGGACCCAUGCAGCAGAGCAGCUACCCCAUGAUGUACCCAGGGAUGAUGCAGGUGCCUGGAUACCAGCCGGCCAUGAUGCCUCCACCCAUGCCCAUGAUGCCAGCCAUGGGCGCAAUCCCUGCCAUGCCAGCCAUGAUGGUGCCACCACAGCCGCAGCUGCAGCCUCUGAUUCCCAGCGUGGACGCGAGUCUGCUGGCGACUCAGCAGCAGAACUUCAUCAACCAGCAGGCGCUGAUCCUGGCCCAGCAGAUGACGGCCCAGGCCAUGAGCCUGUCUCUGGAGCAGCAGACACAGCAGCGCCGGCACCAGGCCCAAGCCCAGGCCCAAGCCCAGGCCCAAGCCCAGGCCCCUGGAGCUGCCUCCCGCACCCCAGCUCCAGCCAUCUCUCCCAAGCCCAAGAAAGCCCCGGCACCCCAAGAGGAGCCAGAGCGUGACCUGGAGUCAGUGGGGGCCCCCCUGGAGGAGACCUCACAGGGGGAACACAGGCCCCAGCGGCCCAAGAACUUCCAGCAGAAACGGGAUUAUUUCCAGCGGUUAGGACAACAGCAGAGCAAGGUGAAGAUGGUGAAGCCACCCACCAAGGUGCAGAUCCCCCAAGGGGAGGAGCAGGAGGAGGAGCAGGAAGAAGAGGAACCCCACACAGCGCCAGCACCGUCCCCUCCUCCAUCCCCCGUAGUGAAGAAGCCACUGACACUAGGUGGGGCCAAAGCUGCCAGGGAAGCUGAGGCUCAGCCGGCCCAGGAGGUAGGGUCUGGCGAUGGCCCCAGGCUGGCGCCGGCUCGGGUUGAAGGCAAAGUGCAGAACAAGCCCAGCAGAGAGAUCGGAAACAUCAUCCGCAUGUACCAGAGUCGCCCGGGCCCCGUGCCGGAGCCCGUGCAGCCAUUCAGGCCCCCCAAGACUUUCCUGAAGAAGAACAACCCUAAGGACGAGGCUCUGGCUAAGCUGGGGAUCACUGGCGGCCACUUGUCCUCCUCGACACCAUCCCCCAGCCCAGGAAAGGGCCCCCCACCAGCUGUGGCCCCUCGACCCAAGGCCCAACUGCGGUUCGAGACCUCCAGCUCCAUCAAGGAGAAGCAGGGGCCCCUCCAGGAGCUGUUUGGCCAGACACCACCAACUACCCAGGCACCCCCACCUCCACCAGCACCCCCACCACCUCUGGCCGGGGACCUGGGGACCCCUUCAGCUGAGCUUUGCCGGAUGGAGCCCAUGGGGGACCAGGGGAUCUGCACCCAGCUGCUUGUGCCCUCGGCCAGCGUGUGCUUCUCCUACACCAGUGUGCCCUGGAGGCUGUUCCUGCGCAAGGAGGUUUUCUACCCCCGGGAGAACUUCAGCCAUCCCUACAGCCUCAGGCUCCUCUGUGAGCAGAUCCUGAGGGACACCUUUGCCGAGUCCUGCAUCCGGAUCUCCCAGGACGAGCGGCACAAAAUGAAAGACCUGCUGGGAGACUUGGAGGUGGGCCUGGACUCGCUUGUCACCACUGAGGACAGCGUCAAGAAGCGCAUCGUGAUGGCGGCCAGGGACAACUGGGCCAAUUACUUCUCCCGCAUCUUCCCCGUCUCGGGCGAGAGUGGCAGCGAUGUGCAGCUGCUGGGUGUGUCCCACCGUGGGCUGAGACUGCUCAAGGUGACCCGGAGCCCCAGCUUCCACCCCAAUCAGCUGAAGAUUCUCUGCUCAUAUAGUUUUGCUGAGGUGCUGGGCUUGGAGUGCCGGGGCAGCUCCACUCUGGAGCUGUCACUUAAGAAUGAGCAGCUGGUGCUGCACACAGCCCGGGCGAGUGCCAUCAAGGCCAUGGUUGAGCUGUUCCUGAGUGAGCUCAAGAAGGACUCCGGCUACGUUGUCGCCCUGCGAAGCUACAUCACUGAUGACGGGAGCCUCCUCAGCUUCCACCGUGGGGACCUCAUCAAGCUGGUGCCAAUGGCCUCUCUGGAGCCAGGCUGGCAGUUCGGCUCCACCGGGGGCCGUUCCGGACUCUUUCCUGCCAACAUGGUGCAGCCUGCUGCUGCUCCAGACUUUUCCUUCUCGCCGGAGCCGAGGACGGGCCAGCACAAGAGUCGGCCGCAGCGCAGAGAGCCCGGGCUGGCUCAGUGUGACAGCACGUUGGAGGGUCCUGUCCACUCCUGGAGCCAGACACACAGUGACUCAGAGAUCUCCAGCCUGCCCUUCUCUAUGGCCUCUGUCUCCCACAACUACACCAUGCAGGAGUUUGCCCUGCAAUACUUCCGGAAGCCCCAGACCUUGCUGGACCAGACAGAGGGAGGUGCUACAGAAAAGGCCAUGGCCAGCCUGGUGCAGUACACCAAGGCUCCCAUCCAGGAAUCGCUCAUCAGCCUCAGUGAUGAGGACAUGAACAGGCAGGCUGUGGAAAGCUUCCGGACUCUGAUGCAGUUUAUGGGGGACCAGGCUAAGCCCCGGGACAAGGACGACAUGGCUCUCCUCUACGAGCUGCUGAAGCUGUGCCGAGAGGAGAACCUCAGGGACGAGAUUUACUGCCAGGUCAUCAAGCAGGUCACGGGACACCCCCAGCCGGAACUCUGUGCCCGAGGCUGGAAGUUCCUCAGCCUCCUCACUGGCUUCUUCAUCCCGUCGAUCACGCUGAUGCCCUACCUGACCAAGUUUCUGCAGGAUUCAGGCCAGAGUCAAGAGCUGGCCCGGAGCAGCCAGGAGCAUCUCCAGCGCUCGGUCAAAUAUGGAGGGCGCCGGCGGCUGCCCUAUCCGGGUGAAAUGAAGGCUUUCCUGAAAGGAAAAAUGGCCUACCUGCUUCUAAUUCAUCUGCCCGGGGACGUGCAUUACAAGACCAAAAUCCACACUUUCACGGUGGCCGCAGAAGUGCUGGAGGAGCUAUGCGAGAAGAUGGGGAUCAUGGACCCCGAGGAAGUGCAGGAAUUCGCCCUCUUCCUUGUCAAAGGCGAAGGCAAGCCGGUGCGGCCCCUGCGGCCCCACGAGUAUAUCAACAGCGUGGUGGACGAGGACAUGAGCCUGCACAGCCGGCGGCUCAGCUGGGAGACCCGGCUGCAUUUUGACAACCUCGCCUACAUCAACACCCACUACAGCCAGGUGCAGCGGGACUACCUGGAAGGGAAGCUGUUGGUCAGCGCCCAGGCAGAUGCCCAAGUUGCCAGGCUAGCUGCCCUCCAGCUCCUCAGCGGGGCCCACAAGGACCCCCCUUCAGAGCAAGACCUGCUGGCUUACUUGCCGAAUCCACUGCAAUGGCAGGGGAGCAUGGCCACCAUAAAGAGCCUGACAGGCCAGGAGCUGAGGCAGCUGCAAGGGUGCAGCUCCCAGGAAGCACAGAUCAGCUUUAUCGAGGCCGUGAGCCAGCUGCCUCUCUUUGGCUACACUGUCUACGUGGUGCUUCGAGUGAGCCAGCUGGCCCUGCCCGGCCCCAGCUUCCUGGGGCUGAACCGUCAGCACCUCAUUCUCAUGGACCCCGGCUCCCAGACACUGUUCUGCACUAUCGCCCUGAGCGACCUACAUCGGCUCCACCUGCUGAGCCCCCGGGAGGCAGGAGGGCCCCCUGGCCUGGAGCUCAGCUAUGGCUCAGCUGACAGCCCACGGACUAUCUGGCUUGAGCUGCCACAGGCCCAGGAGCUGCGGCACACCAUCACCUUCCUGCUGGACAGCAGCAACGCUCCCGCUUAGUGGCUAGCCACGCCCGAGAAGAGGAGUGGAGGGGCGGGGAGGAGGAAGAGGCCCCGCCCCGGCUCAAGUCUCCGGUGGACAGUCUCCCUUGGAGGCCGUCAGUUCUCUUUGGUUUGGACUUCAUGGCUUGGCUUUUUGGGGACCUGCCGCAGCACAGUCUGGCUGGCCCAGGGGGAGGCCAUGAGGCAGCGGCUGCUACAGUGACAUCAGCUUGGAAGGGGAACAGCGAGACUUGUUCUGGGGGGUGGGUUUGGGGGAGCUGCAGGAACGUGGCGUGGGCCUCUGGUGUUGCC